AUGGAAGCAAUAUGGAAUUUAGAAGACAAAUGGAAAAUUUCGACGCUUGGAGCUAUCGCGUUACUGGUAAUAUGCACCUGUUUCUUAGUUAUUGGAACUUGCAUUGUCGCUGUUUUAAGGAGAAAUGUAAGAAGGAGAAGCGAGGAUCAAGAACCACAACGUGCUGAUGAGUCAACCAGCGUAGUAGAUUGUGCAGAGCCACGAGGAGAGUUGGGUCCGGUGAAGGAUGUGCUUACGAGUUCUAUGAGGUGGAGCCAGAAAGAGAAGCUUAGCGGAGAUCAGCUAAUUGAAGCUGAUUUUGGUUGCCAGAGUAGCAGUUCAGAUUCACCUGUGUGGAAAAGACCGAUACUUAUGGGUGAAAAGUGUGAGCUGCCAAAGUUUAGCGGGCUGAUUCUCUAUGAUCAGAGAGGUUACGCCACUUCAUCAAGUCGAUAA